AUGCGUCUCGGAUCCGCAUGUCUCGCCGCCUCCCUGCUGGCAGCGGGCGCAGGCAGCGCGGCAGGCGGAGCUGGUGGCGCCCCCCGCCCAGUGGGGUUCGGGGGAUACGUGGGCAGUGCGCGGGUGCAGACAGCAGCCGCGGGGGGGUCUGCGGGCGGAAGGGAGACCGCGGAAGAGGGGGGAGGCGGAGGGAGGGAGGGGCAGGGGGGAGCAGCGGAGCCAUCUGCAGGCAGUGGGGCAAAGGAGCUGGUCAUUGGGGCGGUGAGCGCUGGCAGGGGGAGGGGGCAAAAUAGAGAGGAAAGAGGGCGCUCGCCUCCACCACUCCCCACCGCUUAUCACCAUGCCCUUCAUAACCCUGCAUGCGCUACAUGCCACCGUAUCACCACAAUUGACCACUUGGGUGCUCGCCUCCACCACUCCCCACCGCUUAUCACCUCUCCCCGCUCUGCGUGCCUGCUGUGCGGUUAUGAGCAGGACGUGGGCGGCGAGGCAGCGGCGCAUCUGAGGCGGCUGGCGAAGAAAGACGCCACCACCAAGAGCUAUCAUAAGUGCACACGCAAAGGAGAGUGGCUGUUCACCGGCACUUACACGUGUGCACUUGUGAUGCGCUCUCAUUUCUCCGCGCAUCCCCCAAGCCUGCCGCCUCUGCACUUCCACAUCUCACCAACCCCGCUCCCCUUUCUCACAUCUCUCCGCCCACUCUCUGCACCACGUCCCUCCGUGCCUCACUGUGUGCCCUGCUCUCAGCUGAAGGCACUAGAGGCGCUUCAGGGGGUGCUGGGCGGCAGCAGUGCCGCCCAGAUGCAAGCCAUGCUGCCCGCGUGGGCGUUUGAGUACCGCCGGCUGGUGGUGGACGGCAGCAGAGCCGUGCGCCUCGCCACACACGCCACCAUGACCAUGCUUGUCAAGGGCGUGGGCAAGGGCUUGGCACCGCAUGUGAAGCAGGUGAUGGGGGCGUGGUGGGUGGCGCAGUUUGACUCCUCCCGUGACGUCGCUGCUGCCGCCACCCUCUCAUUCCACUUCGCCUUCCCCACGCCCACACGCCGCAUGGAAGCGUUGGCGUUCGCGUGGGAGGCGGUGGUGGGCACACUGGCGGAGCUGCUGGCGGCCACCCCCCAGUCGCUGGCCGCUGCUGACCGUAGCCUGAGUGUAGAGGAGGCGAAGCACCGCCUGGAUGAGCUGCUGUGCGCAGCUCUACUGGCUCUGAGGGCGUUCCUGCAGGCGCUGCUGCCGCCGUCGCCACACACGGGGGCUGCUGCUGGCGCUGCAGCAGCCGUGGCAGCAGCGCUGGUGGACAUGUUUGGAGCACCAGCCAUCCCAUGCCAGCUGGCAGCGCAUGAUUGGACGGGCAGCGCAGCUGCCAUGGAAAGCAGUGGCAGUGGUGGUGGGCACACGACCCACCUGCAGCUGUUGGACUUGCUGCUGGCAGAGGUGGAGGUGGCGGCGGGAGAGGGUGCGAGUGGCGGUGCGGCUGGGAGGGCAGGCAUGGCUGUGUUUGUGCUGCACGUAAAGCUCCUCUCGCACCUCGCCCUGCUCCCACCACCACACAGUAUCAGCAGCGGGCCAGGCCAUGGUGGAGCGGAAUCAGGAGCAGCAGAGGGCGAGGUGUGCCUGUCACUGAUCGUGCAGCGCCUGUGCACUGCUGCCCUCCACCAGGCCAAGGCGAAGGAGUCUGAUGGUGUAGGCACCAUGUCACUCAACAUGCCCGCUUGCCUCCUUGCUGGACUUCUCUCCUCGCUCUCCACCCCCUCCUCUCCCCUCGCCCCCACGGCCAGCACCGCUCUUGACCGCUUGGCCAUGCACAUGGUGGCAUCCACGCCGCUGCUGCUCCUCCCCUCCUCCCAGUGGCUCCUCCGAACGCUCCUCUCCCCUCCUGCUGCUGCUCCCGCCCCGCUCUCUCUCCCCUCCUCACGCUCCUGGCUCUCCCUCUCCUGCCUUGCCUCGGUCUUCGCCUCUCUGCACUCGCACCUGCUCUCCUCCCUCCUCGUGCUCUCCUCCUCCCCCUCCCUCCACACUCUCACUCUCAUGCUGCAGCCGCUGCUGCUGCUGCUGAGGCGAGCGGGAGGUGAUGAGGGAGAGGAAGCGGAGGCAAGACCAUUAGGAACAGCAGAUUCAGGAGGAGGUGAGGGGGAUGCCACGUCAGCACAGGCUGAGCUGGCAGCGUGCCUGGACGUCCUGGAGCCCCUGUGGUCCGCCUCGCACGCGUCUGCCAGCAGCACAGGCUCUGCUGAGCUGUCGCGUGGUGAUUGGCUGGUGGUGGCAGCUGCUUGCUCGUCUUACAUUGUAAGCUGGUGCCUGGGAGGGGGGGAGCACGACACAGGGGAUCAGGCGGGAAGUGAGGAGGAAAGCGAAGAGGAUGAAAACGAGGAGGAAGAGGAGGAGGAGGGAGAGGAGGGGCUGGAGUUGGAGGAGGAGGAGGAGGAGGGGGAGGAGGAGGGGCAGUGGGGGAGGGGGGGGGUAGAAACAGGAGGUGGAGCAGCGAUGGGCGUGGGGGCAGCUGGGGCGGGUGCUGGGGGAGGGAGUGAGGUGGCAGGGCUCACAUCCACGGGUGCUGACGUGGCAGAGCAUGUGGUGGUAACCGUGUUACCAGCCCUGCAUGCUGCAGCCAACCAAUGGUUGUCGCUCGUCUCACACCCUCCUGCCACCACUGACACUACCCAUGCUUCAUCAGCCACCCUCACUGCCCCUACGCCAGUAGUUACUUGCACUGCACGCCUGCUCACUCGCUCUCUUGCCGCUGCUGCUGCCUCUCCUCUCUCCCACUGCCGCCCACACCUCUGUGCGCGCUGGACGGCGGAUCUUGUCCGUUUCUUCCAGCUGCAAGGCGGGAAGGAGGCGGUGGAGAGGCGUGUGAUUGGGUGGCUUCUGGCGGACCUCGAGUUGAUGGGUGGAGGGGAUCAGAAGUGGCCUCGUUUUGUGGGUCGCGUCACUGACUCUUCUGGCACGGCUGCUUCCCUGGCGUCUCGAGGAAUCGACCCACCUCGUGCCAGUGCUGCCACAGACACAUCGCUGGCUCUGAUGGCACUCUGCGGGCUUCUCAGAAGGUUCCUUGCAGCAGGGGCGUGGGGUCCACAGCAGGCUUGGCGGGUGGUGCGGCAGCAGCUGGGCUCACUGAAAGCAGCGAGGGAGGGCCGUGGCAGCUCUUGCCAUGGGAAUGGUGUCACGGUGGGAGGGCGAGGGAGAGUGCGCGUCGUGGCAGAGGUGGUGGGGAUACUCAUGCCUGUGGUGCGGUGGGGCGGGCAGGCAGUGGGGCCAGGUGAGGCAGCAGGGGGAGGUGCAGCAGUGGGUGGGGAAGGAGGGUGGAGAGGGGUAUUGGAGCGGCAGGUGGAGGAGGAGGUGGUGUGGUGGGUGCAGCGAGCCAAUGAGGCGCUGCCACUUGUCGCGUGUGUGGAGCAGCAGAGUGCGGAGGCAAGAGACUCGCUCGCCCUCCACGCCCUGGCCGUGGCGCUCUUUCCCAUGCCACCAUCAUCUGCUCCCUCCUCCACCCCUCUCGAGGCCCACUCCCCCGCCACCACCAGCAGCCCCUCCCAGCGCGCCGCCCUGCUCGCCCUGCUGCGCCUGCAGACCUCCCGCCACGCCACCGCUGCCAUCGCUGCUGCUGCCGCCGUUGCCCGCCUCGCUGCUGCCGCAGCUGCUGCUGAUUCAGGCAGCGUGGGGCCUGGGGGGACGAGUGCAGGGAGCAGUGGUGCGAUGAGGGGUGCCGGGGGUGUGAGUGCGGACGUGGGAGAGGGGGACGAGUUAGAUGAUCUAGACGAGCUUGAUGAAUUGGAUGAGCUGGACGAGGUUGGCGGCGGUGCUCCAGCUGGCAGUGAUGACGUGGCACUUGACGAGCUUGAUGAGCUGGACGAGGAGGAGGAGCAGGCUGGUGGGGGGGAAGGAAGGGCGGCGCAGGUGCAGAGCAGUGCCGGUUCUGCAGCCACAGGGGCGGAGGCAGCACAGGAGAGCACACAGGAGGGCGGGCAGGAGAGCAGGGAGGAGUGGACGGCACAGGUGGAUCGCUGCCUCCUCGCCCUUGCCAGCUCAGCAGUGGCGUACAGCUGGCAGGAGAUGGCGGAAGCUGACGUGGCGUUUGUGGGUGCCAGGUUGCGGCGGGCGCUUGCAGCAGCAGCCAUGGCGUUUGAGGAGCUGGUGGAGGCGAUGGGGGAGGGGGUGGGGGAGGGAGGGGGUGUAAAAAGGAGAACCGCAGGGGAGAGUCAAGCAGGGGAGAGACAAGCAGGGGAGGGGCGGGCAGGGGAUGAGUCGGGGAGGGUGAGUGGCAUGGCAGGGCGGCUGGAGGCCAUGCCAUUGGACGUGGCAGGUGCUGCUCUCUCGCUGCUCUCCAUGCUGCUCGCCCUCCACUCCCACGCCUCUGCUGCUCCCACUGCCUCCCCCACCAGCAGCAGCAGCAUCUUCUCGCUCUGGGCGUCAGCCUCUGCGUCUGCAUCCCCGUGGGCACUGUGGGCAUCGGAGGCGAGUGCAUCGGUGGUACGGCAGGGGUCAGAGCAUGCCUUGCGCAUCUUCAUUGCCACGGGGCUCGCAGAGGCCGCCCUCCCUCACACCAGCGCUGCCACCAGUGCAGCCGACAGUGCCACCAGCAGCCAGCCCAUGAUGGCCUGGCGCCUGCAGCAUCCUCUUUUCUUCCGCCAGCUGUCGCGCGCAGUGCUCGCCGCCCCUCCCCGGGCGGUGGAAGCAGCGGUGCGGGCGGCGGAGAUCUGGGGGGCGGGGCGAGGGCCAAUCGCAGGGCUGUAUGCGCUCAUGUGCGGCCCGUCACCAGGUGGCAGCGUGCGAUUGGCUGCAUUCUGGUGUCUAUCUAGGGAGCAGGUGUUGCCUGCUGCCGUGGGGGCAGGGGUGGUGAAGGGCGGAGGAGAAGGGGAGACACAUGGAGAGCCAGUUGGUGACGGUGUCAGACCUGAGCUGGCACAGCUCUUGCAGCCGGCCAAUCGGAAGGAGCUGCUGAUGUCAGCUCUGACGUCACCGCAGCGGGUGCGGUUCUUCCUGGCAGCAUGCCUUGUGCUGCACCGCAUCCAAUCCCUCCCCGCCUCCCCCCCAUCCCCACCUCCCUCCACCGCAGCCCCCUCUGCAACAUCGCCAUCAUCCCCUCGCGACCGCCUCGUUGCCUUCAUCCAAGCCACACCCACUCUCACUCUCCUCCUCGACCUCGUUGCUCAAAACCUCCUCCUCGCUCCCUCCCCCUCACACUCCUCCGCCUCUGCCCGUCGCCUCAUCCAUCUUAACCCCUCAGGACCCCUCCCUCCUGCCGUUGCUCAAGCCGGUGACUUUGCCACACGGGCAGUUGCCCAGGCUUCGCCUCUCGACGUGGCGCUGGAAGUCUUAACCCUGCUCGGGGCAGGAAAAUUAUCAGUGCCACGGAUGCGCAGCCUGGCAGCAGCGGUGUUUGGGGCAGCACUGCGAGUGGUGCCAGGGGGGGUGAGGCGGUGGUAUGCGGAUGUGAGGGAGAAGGGAGUGCGGCGGGGCAUGGACAUCUUUACCGCCCGCUACUGCAGCGCUCACUUUAUCGCCCUCGAACUCGCCCAAGCGCAGAAGGCGGGCAGCAGCAAGGAGGACCUGACGGUGCGCACGCGGCGGUCAGCACGCGAGGUGUGGGCGGCGUACUGCAAGGACGAGGCCAGGCUGGAGCUCGUCAUCAAGCUGCCCGAAAGCUACCCACUGCGCGGGGCAGCUGUCGAAAGUUCCAAAGGGGCAGGCGUGAAAGAGGCCGAGAUGCGCAAGUGGCUGCUGGCAGCUAACUCGUUCCUGCUGUUGGGAGGGGGGUCAGUGGCAGAUGCAGUGGUGCAGUGGUGUGAGUGCGCAGAGAAGAAGUUUGAAGGGGUGGAGGAUUGCCCCAUCUGCUACAGUGUUAUCCACUCAUCCAAUGGCAGCCUGCCACGUCUGCAGUGCCGCACGUGCAAGCACAAGUUCCAUCCAGAGUGUCUCUACCAGUGGUUCCAAUCCUCCCACAAGUCCACCUGCCCGCUCUGCCAGACAUCCUUCUAG